UGAAGUACUGAAGCAGAAGCAAGCACGCGCCCAGCGCCUUCUGGCAUGGCGCGACCCCAUCACCACGGCCUCCACCUCGUCUCCCACCUCCGCGCGUCCGCGCCGCUCGCCGACCUCCUCCGCUCGGCGCCCGGGCUCCCGGCGGCCCGCGCCGCCCAUGCGCGGGCCCUCAGGUCCCCCUUCGCGAGCGAGACCUUCCUCCUCAACACGCUCGUCUCCACGUACGCGCGGCUCGGCAGCCUCCGCGACGCCCGCAGGGUGUUCGACGGGAUCCCCCACCGCAACACCUUCUCCUACAACGCGCUCCUCUCCGCGUACGCGCUCCUGGGCCGCGCCGACGACGCCCGCGCGCUCUUCGGCGCCAUCCCGGACCCCGACCAGUGCUCCUACAACGCGGUCAUCGCGGCGCUCGCGCAGCACGGGCGUGGCGGCGACGCGCUCCGCUUCCUGGCGGCCAUGCACGCCGACGACUUCGUGCUCAACGCCUACUCCUUUGCCAGCGGCCUCAGCGCCUGCGCCUCGGAGAAGGCCUGGAGGACCGGGGAACAGGUGCAUGCCCUUGUCACCAAGUCGUCUCGUUGGAGCGAUGUGUACAUUGGUAGCGCGCUUGUGGACAUGUAUGCCAAGUGUGAGCGGCCGGAGGAGGCACAGAAGGUGUUCGAUGCAAUGCCAGAACGGAAUAUUGUUUCCUGGAACAGCUUGAUCACUUGCUAUGAGCAGAAUGGCCCUGUUGAUGAGGCGCUCGUUCUCUUCGUCAGGAUGAUGAAUGAUGGUUUCAUGCCUGAUGAGGUGACAUUUGCAAGCGUCAUGAGUGCAUGCGCGGGUCUUGCUAUGGCUAGAGAAGGACGCCAGGUCCAUGCGUGUAUGGUGAAGUCUGAUAGGCUUAGGGAGGACAUGGUGUUGAACAAUGCUCUUGUGGACAUGUAUGCCAAAUGUGGGAGGACAUGGGAGGCGAGGUGUGUAUUUGAUCGUAUGGCUUUCAGGAGUGUUGUAUCAGAAACAUCAAUGGUAACUGGGUAUGCAAAGUCUGCAAAUGUGGAAGAUGCUCAGGCUGUUUUCUUACAGAUGGUAGAGAAGAAUGUCAUUGCUUGGAAUGUACUCAUUGCAGCUUAUGCACAGAACGGUGAGGAAGAAGAAGCACUUAGGCUCUUUGUCAGGCUGAAAAGAGAGUCAGUUUGGCCAACACAUUACACAUAUGGAAAUGUAUUGAACUCAUGCGCGAAUCUUGCUAAUCUUCCGCUUGGUCAGCAGACUCAUGCCCAUGUCCUGAAAGAAGGUUUUCGCUUUGACUUUGGACCAGAGUCUGAUGUAUUUGUUGGGAACUCCCUCGUGGACAUGUACCUGAAGACAGGGUCCAUUGAUGAUGGUGCGAAGGUGUUCGAGAGGAUGGCAGCCAGAGAUGAUGUAUCAUGGAAUGCAAUGAUUGUUGGUUAUGCACAGAAUGGCCGUGCAAAAGAUGCACUGCAUCUUUUUGAGAGAAUGCUUUGCAGCAAUGAGCGCCCAGACUCUGUCACCAUGAUUGGGGUUUUAUCAGCCUGUGGCCAUUCUGGAUUGGUGAAGGAGGGCCGGAGAUACUUUCAGACCAUGACUGAGGAUCAUGGUAUAACCCCAACCAGAGAUCACUACACUUGCAUGAUUGACUUGCUUGGUCGUGCCGGUCAUCUGAAAGAAGUUGAGGAGCUCAUAGAGGGCAUGCCAAUGGAGCCUGAUGCUGUGCUCUGGGCUUCUCUAUUAGGUGCUUGCAGGCUGCAUAAGAACAUUGAAAUGGGGGAACGGGCAGCAGGGAAAUUGUUUGAGCUUGAUCCUGAUAACUCUGGACCCUAUGUUCUUCUCUCAAAUAUGUAUGCUGAGCUAGGGAAAUGGGCGGAUGUUUUUAGAGUGAGGAGAUCCAUGAAGCACAGGGGCGUUAGCAAGCAACCUGGCUGUAGUUGGAUUGAGAUUGGCAAGAAAGUAAAUGUGUUUCUUGCGCGAGAUAAUGUCCAUCCAUGCAGGAAUGAGAUACUUGAUACCUUGAGAAUCAUUCAGAUGCAGAUGACCAGGAUGAGUGUAGAUGCCGGAAUUGCAGAUGACCUGAUGAACUUCUACUCUGAAGCAUGUGGCUAGAGCUCGAGUUUAGUACGUUAU